GUUCGCUUGCAACCACGCAGUGAAUCACUGAAGAAAUUGGAUCUGUAACUACUUUACAGUUUUGGAGUGAACAUUUAGAAGAUUAACUGAAAAAAAACCCCAACUACAAUCUGUAGCUGUAACGAGCACUUAGAUAUAACUUUAAUAAAGAACAUUCAUUUGCUUUUUGGCAGCGCUUGUCAUGAAAAUGACAGAGGAAAACAAAGCUGUUAAGCCAAGUGUUACUGAAGAGGAUGUCCGACUGCUAAUAAAAAGAAAAGAUGAUAUUGAAGAGCAAAUUAAAGCUUACUACGACAUGCUACAAACCGCUGGUGUAGGUAUGGACGCUCCUCUGGUUGAUGUCGAAGGCUUUCCUCGUGCAGAUGUGGAUUUGUACAAGGUCCGAACAGCAAGGCACAACAUCUCUUGUUUACAGAAUGAUCACAAAGCGAUCAUGGUGGAGAUCGAGGAGGCCCUUCAUAAGCUGCAUGCAACAGCAAGGGUCAAACAUGAGAAGGAUGAGACAAAGAUGGAAGUCACUGAAGCGUCAGCGUCUCUUCCAGCCCCGUUUGCACUGGUGGAUGCCGUAACACAGGGCUCCCCUGCUUUUCAGGCUGGUUUGCGAGUCGGUGAUGAGAUAAUAGAGUUUGGGUCCGUAAACACACAAAACUUCAGGAAUCUGCGUGACAUUGCUUCUGUUGUCCAACAUAGUGAAGGGAAAUCCCUACGUGUUGGGCUACUUCGAAGUGGACUAGAAGUGCAUCUUAAUUUGACUCCGAAGCAAUGGUCUGGUAGAGGACUACUAGGGUGCAACUUAGUACCUCAUCAGAGAUGACCAGUGAAAGGGCAAGGAUCGUAUUUCUACCAAACAACACACAUCUUUUGCACUAAAUAAAUUUGCAAUGGGUUAACGUUAGUUUUCCUUUGCAUUCAUUGUAAAAUAAAUUUAAAUAAAUUACCAAGGAAAAAUGACAGACCAUUCAGUAUAAGACUUAAUAUGUCAGAAAGGAUGAACAGAGAAUUUAUUACUUUUUUCUCCUUUUAAAUUUCUUGUUUCCAUUUUUAUGUUUAAAUUCUUGUUCUAAAAUUGGUGCAUUAUGGAACAAAUCUGUUUCCUAAUAUUUUAAUGUUAAAACAGCUGAAUGGUAAGAACCAAGUCAUUCUGAAGAGACUGGGCCCACGUGUAAAGGUUGCAUAAGCUGCAUAUGCUUAAUGUUACAGUUACAGUUUUCUUAGAACAGCAGGGUGAGUAAAUAGUGUCUGAAUUUUCAUUUAUGGGUGAACUAUCCUUUUAAUAUGCGUGAUAAACAUAUUACGGUGUUUCAAUCUUUUUAUUAUAUGAAAAUCAGAUUAAAACAAGACUUUCUUGGAAA